GUCCAACGUGCAGUGUGAAAGGGAUUCUAGUUUAGCUUUCCCUUUUUGAAUGACAAAUACAGACUACUGCCACCUGCUGGUGUGGAGAGUUAUUUCCUCUCACACAGGUACAGAAUGUACAUGCUAGUGCAACUUUGGUAGAGGUCUAUGAUGUGUGUUCAUGUGCAACUUUUUGGCCUAGACGCAAGCGACAACACUGUCAGCUUUUGAUGUCGGUUUCAUAUGUCACAAGCUAAUAGUUACUGGUCUAAAUAUAAGGAGCAUAUCUCCCUCUUUCUCUCAUGUGCACACUGCUAUAUCAAAAAAGAAAAAGAGUAUAUCAGCUUGCAUACACCCUCACUACUAUUCUACUGUGUUUUAUUGGUACAAAAUGAACUUCCUGUCUUUUUCCUACAGCAAAGUUACUUAAAACUUAUUACAGCCAAAAUUACUUCAAGAAGUGUGUUAUGUACUUCAACAAGUGUGCCGAGAAGGGGAAGCUGUGGCUAAGAGCUGAUGCAGAGGAGAGAGGAAGGUGUGAAGAGGUGGACCUGUUGCAUGGCCAUGAAUAUGCGUUUGUCUUUGAGAGUGUUCUGACAUUUUUUCUCUCAGCCCCACCGGAGUGUGCUUCUCGCACCGUCCGCCCACCUGUGGGCUUUAUGAGUGAUGCUUAUCUCACUCUCACAGUGGGUCCUCUCACACUUCUCCGGAUGUUAAGUUCUCAUCUCUGAAGUGGCCAGAGACAGUGUGUGUGCACAUGGGUCCAGGUAAAGUUUCGUAUCCUUCAGUAUUCGUGGUGGACAGCAAAAUGAGGCCCCCUCCGAUGCCCCCCAAGCCGGGCAGUAGGCAGCGAAAGGAGGUGAUCCAGACUCUACUGGUGAUCCUGGUUUGUGUGGCUCUGUGUGGCAUGGCUGUGGAGGCCUGUUUCAUCUACCAUCUGUUCACAUCCAAAGAGAAUACCACACCACCAGAUGGACCACAGAUUUCCAUGAGAAAACAAGAAAAAGAACAUGCUGUAACCCCCAAACAAAAACUGUUUGGUGAAAUGAAGCCAUCAAAACCAAUGGCACAAUUGACAACUGGUAAGAAACUUGUUAAUGGAGUCUUGCUGUGGGAUGAGAAUCAUCAAUCCAUUCUUUACCAUAUCAAACACAAAGCAGAUGAGGGCAAACUCAUCAUAGAGAAAGAAGGAUAUUAUUCCGUCUACUCGAAGAUCCACUUCAUGGAGGACAACAUCUUAUGCAGUCACUCUGUAGUCUGGGUUACACAUCGAUAUAGAGGAAACGAGAUUCUGCUUCUCGAGUCCUCUAAGUUACAUGCUAAGUCAAGAGAUACAGACAACAGCUACCUAAGCGGGGUCUUUCAUCUGUACAAAAGUGAUACUGUUUUUGUCAGAGUAAACAAUUGUACACUUGUGUUGUCCACUGCUGCUGAGAAUUACUUUGGUGUGUUUAUGAUUUAGAUGGAUUCUGGAGUCAGACGGUUACCAUACGAAUAUGAGUGUGAUAUGUUCACAGCUAGAUUUUGAUGAGAAUACACACACACAAACACACACACACACAUAUAUACCUUGUAAUGUUCCUGCCUGUGUGUGGCACCCACCGCUCUGUUGAUCUACACUUCUUUUCAGUGGUAAAUCAACAAAAGAUUAGCACAAUAAGUUUUACAAAAAAAUACCUUUUCAGAAUCUCAUGUUUAAUUCAAUGUGUUACUUGUUGUUUCUUUGUGAGUUAAUUGUGAAAUGUGUUAUGAGUUUCUAUGUGAAAACUGUAUAAAGUUAUAUACAAGCCUUUUAGCGCUAAUUUAGCAUAAAGGAACAAGCCUAAUGAUUCAAUUAACCAUUCACAAAGAACCACUUACUCCACUCCUGAAUGAAUCAGCCAUUUGAACGAAUCAAAUGAAUGAAUAAUGACUCAAUGACUUAAUCAUUAAGACAUUUACC